AUGUUUAUUUAUGUUCUUCUUGAACGUUAUUAUCAAAUGUCUUCAAUAAUAAAUUUUUAUCAAUGGCAUCUUAUUUGCUGGACUUGUUGUUUAUUAAUUCUUAUUCAUUUUGCUUAUAAAUAUCAAAGUCGAAAAGAAAUUCAUAAUGAACAACUUUGUCGUCUAAAUAAUAAUCUUAUUCAAACUGAAGCUACAUUUCAUCUGAUUCAAGAUAAAACUCAAUUUAUCGAUCAUAAUGAAAAUAAAGAAAAUAUUCAACAAAAUAAUUUGAUUCAUGAUGAAGAUGAUCAAUCAUUUUUAAAUCAUACAAAUAAACGUCAUUUUAGUCUUCUUGUUUCAAGGUCAUCAAAAUCACCACGAAUUUUGUUAGGAUCAAAACAGAUCAAUACCAAUAUAUAA